UCAGCAAUCCGUCAAUUUCAACAUGCAGUAAAUUAACCCCACUUUUAGCGCAUUGUUUACAUCACUCAAGCCCCUUUUAAAUCACGUAAAUUUUCGAUUUAAACUGUGCAAUGGGCAAAAGGGACACCGGCUUGUCGAACGCUCCGGCCAACGACACUGAAAUAGCUGAAAACCGCGAACUAGCGCAGCCAAGGGCUGAAGAGGACUCCGAUUCUGAGCUGGAAGACAAUGGCCCUUGGGGCGGCUACAUGCCAUUGGCACAAAAUCCUGCCGACAGCGAAGCCCUGUUCAGAUCCAGCAAUGAUUCUGAUGAAGAUGAGGGCAUUGACGAAGAGCAGCCACCAGCAGCUGAACAAGGGAUCAAGGAUUCCAGCUCAGUGCAAGUUGAAGAGGUGUGGUCGCAACCAGCUCCUAAGGAAGUUGACAUCGAAAUGAGCGAUAAAAAAAUCGACUUAGUCAAGCAGAUGAUGCAGAACAUCAAGCUGCCAGAGGAGGCCAUCCCUGCAUGGGCGCGAGACAUUCCCGAGGCGCAAUGGAGGGAUCAUUUGCUCCAGAAGCUGAACCAGGCACAACAGCCCUAAGAGUAAAAACUGGAGAACAUAAAAACUAUCUAUUUAUUCGUCAUCGUGCACUACUGGUUCGCCAUCCAAUUUGCGGAGGUUGGGCAGCCGCUUGGUCGCCUCCACUUUCCAAACUGCCUCCUCCAUGCUGUCGUACAACGGGUUGCCCACAAACAGCAAGUCCUCCAAGCAGGGAAGUUCUUGGAAUUUCACGUACUCGCUCCAGUCCUUGAUCAUGUUGUUGCCGAUGUAGAGCACCUGCAAUGGUUUUAAUAAUGGUGUGUGCACAUGCAUUGAUUUAGUUGCGCCAGAAAUGUUUUCUUUAAAGCCAUCUUUAUAGGAGCCGCACAAAUCAAACAGAAUUAUUGCUCUUAGCGCCAGGGAAACGAAAAAUUAACUGACGAAUCAACGUAAAAGUAUGCCUUUUGGACGAUAUUCUUUACUACUGGCGCCAGUGAUAUCGGAUGGAUGCAGGCUUUUUCCGGCUAUGCAUGCAAGGAUUGUAACACGUGCAAAUUUGUUAUUCUUAUUGGCGCCACUAAAUCCAUGAAUGUGUAAACUCGCCGGAACUUUCCCACGCGCCCAUCAAAAGGAUUUACCUUCAGCUUCUUCAGCACCUGUACACCUUUGACUUUUUCGAUGAAAUUAUACGAAAUCCACAGCUC